GAAACUUCCAAUAACAAACAUGAAAUACAUAGUGUGCCUUUUCAUGUUAAUAACUAUUUUAAAAACAGUUUUUGGAGACUGUGAUCAUCAGAUAGUGGAAAGUGAGAGACAUAAGCUCACAAACCAACUUUUUAAUUGUGGAUAUGACUCUACAAUAAUUCCUGUGAAAGACCAUAAGACAGCUGUAAAUGUUUCGUUUAAUAUGAUUGUAAAAUUUAUAAAAUAUGACCAUCAAUCUGGUACCUUAGGAUUGGACAGUUGGUUAUCUAUACAUUGGUAUGAUGAAUAUCUAAAAUGGAACCCGCAAGAUUUUGGUAAUCUAAGGGAAAUAAAAGUGACAACUGAUAAUAUUUGGGUUCCCGAUUUAUCAGUGUAUAACAGAUUUGACCAAGGAACUGAACCCACAGUUUUCGCUUCCACUAAAUGUAUCGUCAAUUUUAAUGGUCUUAUAGUUUGCGUGCAUCCACACCACGUAGACGCACUAUGUCAAGCGGAUAUGUCAAAAUAUCCCUUUGAUAGCCAAAACUGUACCAUAACAUUUGGAUCCUGGGUACACAAAGGAGAAGAAGUCAACAUUCUGCAUCAUAACCCAAUAGCAGACACUGAAGAUUUGGAAACGGAUGGCGAGUGGGCUUUGAAAAAAGUGGGAGUGCAUAGGAACCCAGGUCACUACGAUUUUCAUCCAAAUAGCACGUACCCCUCGAUCGAGGUUAGCUUUGAAAUAAAGAGAAUGCAUGGGUCUCAUUCUGCCACUGUUCUUAUACCAUCUAUAGUGAUUUUUAUGUUGGUCAUAACAUCUAUGUGGGUCCCUCCUGAUAGUAACGAACGUAUGGUUUUAUGCUGUGUUAACUUAAUAACGGAAUUUUUUCACUUGGAAUAUAUAUCUUUUAUGAUACCUAUGAAGGGCAAUAAAAUACCACAACUAAUGGUAUUAGGAAGAGAUUCACUUCUUCUGUGUGGGUUUUCAAUCGUUUUUACAAUAAUUUUAAAGAAUAUAGUUUUGAAAAAAACACCACCACCAUCCUGGAUAUCAAGAAUUGUUUCUUUUGUGAUUGGCUGUAGACCAGGGCAAAUUAUAUUUUUGGAUGAUACAACGUUAAAAGGUGUAGCCUUUGCUAAAGGUGAAGAUGACGGUUCAACUAUAAUAGAUAAUUCAGAAAAUUCCGUAAAUACAGGGUCUCAGGAUUGGAGGGUAUUUGCCAAAAUUUUGGACAGGCUUAUUUUUAUUUCAUAUGUUAUCGUUUUUACUGUUAUGAUGGUAGGAUUUAUACCAUGAGAACUUGAAAUAUUUUUAAGUACUAACCUCCAAAGUAUUUUUUUUAACACAAAAAUGUAUUACAAAUUAAACACA